CUCUGUUCGAUUGGGACAAUUUUCGGUGCGAGCCAUUCCGUGAUCGAAGGGUAUCAAGCGCUGUGGGGUACAUGGUGCAGCACAUUGGUGAAGGUGUGCCGGAAAUGUUUUGACGAGGCGGUUCGGAGUGGAAAAUUUACGAUUGACUGUGAACGCGAAAGUGCUGGAGGGGGAGAAGAGCAAGGAGAGUGAUUUUCCGAGUGGUUCCCAAGUGUGUGGUUUUGUACGUGGAUCCUAACGAUUCAGUCGCUGCCGGAACACACGUCGCGACGUCUUCUUCAGCUUGAAGAUUGGGAAAAUUGUGUUUGUUUUAUUCGAGUGUUACAACGGAAAUAAGAUCAGCUGGUUCGGUGGCAAGGAGCAUUUUAUUGACUUGUGGCACGCAAUGGAAUAUUCAAUUAUCCUUUCUCAAGGGCAGGAUGGGACUAAACUAUCGAAUGACGGUGAUUGAAUGCGGCAUUUCGGAGAAUUGAAAUCGAAUUAAAUUAAAAUAUAAAACGAGUGGAAAAGUGCUUGUGAAAAUAAAUGUGUAAAUAAUUGGAACAAAAAUCGCAAAUUAUGUGAGUAUGCUUCAAAGCAGUUCGUGUUGAUGAAGGCCAAUCGUGCACAGCAAACCUAAUCAAAAGCUUGAUCAAAUAUAGAGGAACCUUUUGAAGGUUGAAACAGUGGAUACUUUUAUUGACGCAUCUGUGAAGGAAGCAGACUGGAAGAUGAUGGCGUCAAGUACCGUUUGAACUUGGGUUUUAUGAUGCGAAGAUAAGAAGAUAACUUAGGGUGGGUGUGUGCGGGUGGAGGUGAAUUCGUACGCGUGUGUUUCAGUGUAUGUAAUCAGUGCUUUAACAGCCCUCAACGCACAUCAACGGUGUUGAGCACUUCCAAGGUGUUGAGUGAAGGUGAAGUUUAAUAAUAAGAUUCUGAUAUCUCGAGAACAUAUGGUGCACAAGAUGAAAAAGGAUGGGUAACUGCAGGAUCGUAAUCUGUUCCUUUGAAAGUUAAUUUUCACCGUCGAAAAUGGAUAGAAGAUAAGCUCUCCCCCACGUCACAAUGAAAGCCACGAUGGAUUUUAAAAACGUACCGGACAAUUUCCUGGAGGCGGUGAUCCAGGUGGUGCUCGGAACGGUCGGUGAUCACAACGAGACGCUGCUCGGCGACUACAGCAGCCCGGUGCUGAAACCGGUGGUGGCCCGCAUCUAUCCCAUCUUCAUCAUCAUGUACGCGAUUCCGGCCGCACUCGGGAUAGCGACCAACGUGCUGAUGGUGCUGUACAUCAGCAAGUACAAGCUGUACCGGGACGCAACCCAGGCGUUCCUGGUCAAUCUGGCCGUGUGCCACGCGGUGCAGUGUGCGUUUGUGCUCCCGGUCACCCUGAUGGUGAUGCUGAUCCAGAACUGGAUAUUCGGCCAGUUUCUGUGCUUCUUUCUGCCGUUGCUGCAGGACAUCCCACUGCACGUUGCGAUGAUUUCCCAUCUGUUGAUCGCGUGGGACCGGAAGCGGUGGCUAACGGAUCCGCUCAAAGUCCGGCUGCCGGCGUUCGUGUGCAGCUGUGCCUCUUGGCUGGCCGGAAUGGUCAUCGCGCUUCCGUAUCCCAUUUACACCACCUAUUUGGAUCUGGGGAAAUACGAUCCCAAAUUUGACGGCGUCGGAAUUUGUGCCGUAAAUCUGGUCGACGAUAUGCAGGAAUAUAUGCGAGGCCUUUUCGUCAUCAUGUACUGCGGACCGAUUACGUUGCUCGGUUACCUGUACAUUCGGACGUCGCGCGAACUGCGGCCACCGGAUGGACCACUGUCGAUUAUGAUGUUCGAGGCACGUGCCGAGGCGAGGAACAAGCAGAUUCGAGCGAGUCGUGGCGGAGUUGCGGGUGGAGGAGCUGGAUCGGGAGCGGACCUCAGUACGAACUCCCGGACGUACGAUUUGUAUGAUGCCGAGGUGGAUGUCAGUCGAGAGAAACGCACCCAGCGCUAUCUGGGAGCCAUGGCAUCCACCCAGGUGCUGUGCGUUUGUCCGCUGAUGAUUCUAAGAUUGGCUCGAAUGACGAUGGUGGAAACGUACGAGAAUCAGGCCCAUUUCGACAUCACCUAUCUGCUGUUUGUGUGGAUCGCCUUCCUUCCGACGGUGGUCGUGCCCUGGAUUUAUGGCAGCUGGGUGCUCUCGAGACCCGCCAAGGAGCGCCUUCGGGGCUACCUCCGUCUAUCCUCCCGUCGGAACACCGCCACUAAAUCGGAACAAUCCGCGGACGAUGGAAGCUCUCCACCCGGAAUCAAAACGCCUCUAUCCACCCAAAUGUCCACCGUAAGUAGCACCAAACCAUCGAUAACUGCACCACCGCCAUUCGAUGACCAGCAGUGCGCACCGCACCCGCCACGAGGAGUCGCCAAGGCACUCCCCGUGACCGUGGAUCGACCCAAAUCAUCCACCACCGAAAGCAGCGUGGCGGAGAGUUCAAUUUCGACAACCAAAAGCCAAAGUGUAUCGACGGGAGGCCGUCCCAGGCGUCAACUCCCUCCACCCCUGCGGAUCGACAACAGCAACUUCCACCGAACUCCCUCGGCGAAGAGCCACAGCUCGGCAUCUGCUGGAAGCGCGGCGCAACGAAGUUCGACGAGGUCCUCCGCUUGCAGAACCAACACAGUCCAGCAUGGGCUAGAGUCGCUGCCGCCCGCAAGAAGCACAAACCAAUCCGUCGAAGACGAAGACGACUACUGCUCGUCGAUUGCUGGCCAUCACUCGAAUGUGACCUCGAGUACCUAUUGUAACGUGAACGAGCGGGAGGUCGUCGCUCCGUCGGAACUGCUCGAAGCCCAGCGAAUCAUGGCCAGACAGAAUUUCCAGCACAAUUCGGCCUCGCCGUAUUACCAGCGUGGCAACAGCAGUGACCUGAAUGACAACGACUCUGACUCCGAUAUCUACCAUCGGAAGCCCUCCCGGUACGGGACGCUCUCCAACCAGGACUCCAGCAUUUUGAAGGCAACCCCUUCGAUACUGUCGGUAACCGAGAGUGAGUACUCGUCACGCAAGGGUUCCCUCAGUACACUCUCCCGGGACAUGGAGAUAAUCGAUCGGCUCGAGCGCGAACGCAGCAUGGACAUUCAGGAGAUGAUACAGCGGGAGAAAAACUACGAGUACUAUCUGGCGCGGCAAAAUUCCAGGCUGAAGUUUUCGACCAACUUCGACGAUUACUUCGAGGAGGAGCCCCCGCAAACCAAGCAAACGGGUCAUUCUCCUUCGGGGGGUGCUCCCCUGGGUCAGAAACCUCGAUCCGUUUCCCCGCACAACGUCACCCGCAGUACAUCGCACCGGCGCAGCAGUAAUCUGAGCUACGCCUCCACGAAGCGGGACAGUGGCUACGAACAGUCACUGCUGGGAACGUCGUCUCCAUCGCAGGCGAUGACACCAGCAGCGGCAUCGGUUGUAUGUCAAAACGGAGGUUCUGCCAGUGGCGGUUCGCGGAGACUGCCGGAACAGGAUAAGCAACGAUUUAGUAGGACCUUCAGUGGAAAUUCCUCCAGGAGUUCGACCAAAUCAAGAGAUAGAGUUAGCUUUCAUGAUAACAUUUAGGAUGGGAGCGAAGGAAGGAAGCUCUACGUGCCAAAUAAGUAUGGGUCCGAAGACUGAAGACCGAAUGAAGGACGCUCUUUUGUAGGUAUCAAUUCAUGGGGUGACUGUUGGGUUGUGUAUCACAAAAAGUAAACUUUACUGGUUUGUCGUUCGGUACGGUACAGAUCUACUAAGUCAAUAAGGAACAUUCAGUUUCGACGUGAACUUACCUAGUCCAGUGUUGUAAACGGUCGACAUUAUUGGUAACCAUUACAUACUGCCCGUGUGCGAGAGUUUCGGCUCAAUAUGUACUGUGAAUGUGACCAAGAAUGCAUUACUUGGUUCCAAUAGUCACAUCAGAAAUAAGCACAGCCGCAAACAUGACCAUCAGUUGAACGUUUGUAUGUUCUCUUUUUCUGUCAAACGUACACAGAAAAGCGGUGAAAAUACGCUAUUUUCAUUCUACCAUUCCUGGUGAUAACCAUCCUUUAAUUCCGGCUGAUUUGACUGUAGUUUUAAUGUCAUUUGCGAACAUCGCCAGCGUUAUUUUUCUACUUUGUGUUAUAGCUAUAAUGGCAACGGUUCAGUUGACAUACACAUGUCCACCGAUGAUUAUGCUAUCACCAUCAUUAUUCCACCCUUUGAAUCAGCAAAACAUUUGAACCCCUUAAUGGUAACUAUUCCAAUCUACACUAGGCCACGCAGAAAAGCUAGCAUUAUAACAGGCAUCCAGAUCUCAAAGGUCAACUAAGAUGUAGGCGUCUUGAUUGGUUUGGAACCCGUUUUGAACUCUACUGAUAGCUGCGUCAACUGAGAUGUAAGCACUUUUACAGUUUUUGAACCCCUCUGACAGCAGUGAUAUUGACAUCAUCCGAGCACAAUUCCUCAUCGAUCAAUUGUAAGAGCCGGACGUCUAUUGUUUGUGCUCUGUUAGCAAUAAAUCGAAGCUGUUUUUUCCUUUUCCUCCGCUAAAGUGGUUUUUAGUUGUUUUUUUUCUGCUUUCGUCGCAAGUGAAGUGCACCAAAAGCAACAGGAAGCGCCUCUCUGGCAAGCCCGGAUCGGUGGCCUGUUCAUUCGUUCCACUGAACGCUUUCAACAAAACAGAGAAGUAUAACAUUAUAGAUUUUGCCGUCGCGCUAUAGUGUUUACCUCGUAGCGCGCAGCUUUGUACCGCUCUGUGAAUAGGGGUGUUCAAGGUUCUUCGGACACCUAAAAUUAGUUUUUUUUGAAAAAUUUUUUUUUUUUAGAAAAUAAUUUUAGUUUUGAAAUAUUUUUUUAGUUUAAGUUAAUUUUAAGUCUAAAUUAGUUUUAAGUUGAGCUUUUGCGCGCGCGUUUGUGUAAGAAAGUUUGUUUUGUUUGUCAUAGACGGUUGCGUACCGUUUGCGCAACCAUUAUGGCGUCUGCUGAAGCUAUUGUUGCGCGGACGCGCUAUUACCAACAGUCCUCAAAGGCACCAUGGGUUGUUUUCUUUCGGCCCAAGGUGAAAUCGUUGAGAACUCUUGAUAUUCCAGGAGAUUUGCUGCGUAAGUAUCCGGAUGUCUUGGUACGUAAAGAGAGACCGGACAAACUGCGUGUAGAAGCACCGACUUUUUAUGUGGCGAACAAGAUUGUUGACCACGAGAUUUUCAACAGGGAGCACCACGUUUACAUCCCUUCUCGAGAUGUGGAGAUAGAGGGCGUAGUCUCCGAUGUGAAUCUGAGUGUUGAAGAAUUGAAAAAAGCAUCGGGUUGUUUAAAAAACUCCCUAAUUGGUGAGCUUGUGAAGAUUCUGGAAGUAAGGUAACUACAUGCAGCAACUUUGGAAGACAACCAAAAAGUCUAUAAGCCUUCACACUCGUUUCGGGUGACUUUCGCUGGUUGUGUUCUCCCGAACUAUGUGAAAGUAGAUAGUGUUUUUUUUCCGGUGCGCUUGUUUGUACCGCGGGUCUACAAUUGCACCAUCUGUAAAAAAAUGGGACAUUCUUCCAGCCAGUGCGGCAACAAGUUCCGCUGCGGUAAAUGUGGUAAAAAACACAGUGAGGAUUCUGGUACACAAACAGUGCAAAAAAUGUAUCCACUGUGGCGAGAAUCCUCACGCCCUACAGGUGUGCCCAAGGUACAAACAGCACUCCGAUAAAGUGAAGCGUUCUUUCACAGGACGCUCCAAGCGAACUUAUGCAGAAAUGCUCAAGGCCGCAUCAGCCGCCCAUGAUGAAAACCAAUUUUCGGUUUUGUCAACUCAAGAAUUGAACUCUGAUUCUGAUGAGGAUCACACUACGGCUGCACCAGAAUCUUCAACAGAGGAUGAUUCUCAAAACAGAAAACUCUCUUCACCAAUGAUGCACCGUAAGAAAGCUAAAAUGAUCCUCAGAAGAUUGUCUAAUUCCAAGGAUAAUGGUAAAAAAAACGAAUCCGAAGACUCCUUCUCAGCCAGUUCCUGUUUGCAGUAAGGAUUAUAUGCCGUUACCCAGAAGAGAGAGAGAAAUAAAAACGCUGCCCCUCGAUCUUCUCAUAGAAAAUUCGCGUCCAAUCGAGGAUUGAUAGCUUUUACGGACAUUGUGGACUUUAUAUUAAACACCCUCAAUAUUCAAGACCCCCUUAGAAGCCUUAUUUCUGCCUUGCUUCCAUCUCUGAAGUCUUAUCUUAAGCAAUUGACUGUUUCAUGGCCCCUACUUGCAUCAAUCAUAUUUUUCGAUGGAUAAUUCACCAGAUAUGAUCAAUGUGCUACAAUGAAACUGCUGUAGUCUAGUGCCUAAACUAGACUCGUUCAAAUUUUUACUUCAAAAUUAUGACUGUGAUAUAUUCGCCCUCUCUGAAACAUGGCUUUUUUCUGACACAGAACUCAACUUCCACGAUUUUAACAUUAUUCGCCUGGAUAGAAAUGAUUCUAAUGGAGGAGUACUUUUGGGGAUCAAAAAAUGCUACUCUUUCUAUAAAAUUCCUCUCCCAGCUCUAUCAGACUUCGAAAUUGUAAUAGAAGAAGAAUAAAGAACUUUGCAUAGCUUCAGUAUACGUUCCUCCAAAUACUAACAUUAGCCGUAGUCAUCUUUGGAAUCUAGUCUCGAUUCUCUCAUCCCCAGUUCUAAUACUGGGUGACACGAACUCCCAUGGUCCUGGGUGGGGUGAUCCUUAUGAUGACGCUAGAGCGGCUAUUUUUUACAAUUUAUGUGACGAUUUCAAUUUGACUAUCUCGAACACUGGUGAAGCGACACAAAUUCCAAAACCUCCGGCUCGAGAAAGUCGACUCGACCUAUCUUUUUGCUCAAGCUCGCUAUCAUUAGAUUGUCAUGUGGAAGGUCAUCAAUGAUCCCCAUGGUAGCGAUCACUUGCCAAUCAAUAUAUCAAUCAAGUGUAGCCCGCAAUCCACUGAACCAUCUCGCGUUCCAUUUGAUCUAACAAGGAACAUCGACUGACAAAAAUUUGCAACGGCGGUAACAAUCGGUGUCGAAUCAAUAGAUAUACAUCCACCAUUGGAAGAAUAUCGGUUCUUCGUAGAUUUGAUGUAUAAAAGCUCAUUGGAAGCACAAAAAAGAAAAAUUCCAAGUGCUCCGUUUAAAAGAAAACCAGAAAACACGAAUGGAGACAAGUCAAAGUAAUUCAAAAGCCUGGCAAACCAGCAUCUGACCAUAACUCAUACCGUCCGAUUGUUAUGCUCUCGUGCAUUAGAAAAUUGUUGAAAAAAAUGAUUGUCCCCUCAUCUCACCGUCGCCCACCCUCGACAGAUAGUCGAACACCAGAUGCUCUCCCUGGUCAUUAUGCACAAUACUACAGUGCGUGCGGCAACUCUCGGUUGAGACAACGAUACCUCAUAUCCAUAUCCCUAACCUGAUCCGUCCCACAACAAGUGUUGCCCCUCUAACCUCGAGUAAACCGCGAGUAAUCGGUCGAAACCUACUAAACAUAGAUUUAAGUUGAAGUUCUGUAUAAACAAAUCAUGAUUUAGUGGCUCCGCUUGUAGAGACGAAUGAACUCUCAGAGUUUAAAGUCUCUCUAAUUCAAUACCUUCCUUCCUGGCUCCGCAAAGCUCAUGCGAUUGAGCCUUACAAAUAAAUGAAUUGGAAAAAAAAAUCAUCCGAGCACCGACACUCUGCAUCUUUUCAUCGAUUUUCACCUUGUAAUUGAUGUUGCGAAAUUGAAUUGGAGAAGAUUGUCAUCGGGCGGAGCUUAAAUUAUAAUAUCUCCCCUCUCCACAAUGGUUAAUGUUCGUAGAACGAACGUUCCCUUUGGAUUGCACAUUUCGUAUAUUUCGAUUGUGCUUGGCUGCUGUAUUAGUUUGAUCUUUUCGAUAAUUGGUAUGCGAGUCAUCAUCAAAAUCUGGUGUAAGUUGUAAACAAAACAGGUGAACAGAAGUAGAAAAUUAUAAUAAUUGUUGCCUUAUUGUGACAUCGUUUCGAGAAGGCAGAGCACCGUCGAUUCGCUCGUAUCUCUCUCAGUCAUUUUGUUACUAUUAUUUAUGCUAACAUUUUAAAUCUCAUCCACUUUUAUCCAUGUAGUAGUAAAAAGCACACGGACGUGAGCUUGACGUAGAACUGUGAUUGUUUGUAGUAAUUGCAUUUUGAAAUGAUUUUUUUUCAUUGUUCAUAAAUAUGUAAUGUUUAUUAUUUUGAACCAUCCAAUGGAGGAUAUCCUUCAAACGAGUAGAAUGAGGUAGAAUCCGUAACCGCUCCUGGAACCGCUUCAACACUCUGGAGACGGUUGAAUGUUGAAUGUUCAACAUUUUUCCCAACUGCCGGUGCGACAGGUCAGGAAAUUCCAGGUGUUUGGAAAGAAUUUGUUCUCUCGACUCGCGUUGGUUCACCUCCAUUUUCGUUGAAUCGAAAAACACGACUUCGAGUUUGACAGCAUGUAGACAAUACACAUCAAUGAGAAAGUGUGCAAAAUUUGGUUGAUUUUUAGCCAAUGGUAAAAAAGUUAUGCCCUGUUGAAUGUGUCGCAAUAAUUUCGUGUUCGCCCUUUAGUACAACGAUGUUGUAGAUGCCGGAACGGGCGUAUCCGGCGUCCACAAAGUGCCGCACGAUGUCCAUUUUCGACGCGGCGGGGUACCGUUCUUCGAACGCACACACUUCUGACACACUUCACUGUUUUCGCCAUCACGGUUACAGUUCGACUGAUGGAGCUGUCAAUUUUUGUCUGCUGACUCAUGGGUUACUAUGGUUGAUGCUGCAUGGGUGGUUUCGUCAGUACGUGUGAAGGUAAACCCAUUAGAAAUCGGCAAUUUUUGUCCAUUUCUUAAAUGCAAACGUUAGUGGGGGUCAGUUCGCCCGAUGACAAUUUCGUCGUCGACACGAUUGGCGCUGAUCGAUUGCUUGAUCCAGUGAGAACACUACUAUUAGAUGGUCAGAGGAAUGGUCGGUGAUACGUAGUGCACGUAGUGCAGAUACAUCCGCCAUGUUGCCUCCAACGUGUGAGUAGAAUGUAGGUGAUUCUGGUUUGCAUGGUGCGAUUUCGACCAUGUUGAUGACUGAUAUCUGUGCUCGAAUCAUACCGCGAUUUACCCAUAGUAGGGUUAAUAGAUGGUGUCGCAGGUCGCAGGAUCGCCAUGUGGACACCCAGUAGUUUCUUUCGGUUAUAUGAAAAGACUUUCACGUACGCGUUCAUACUGAGUCCGCCCAACUGGGUCAGACUCCCUUUUAUUCAAUUCGUUUAUUUCUUACAACUAGCUACAACCUAAAUUCUAUUAUUAUGCGUGGUCAGGCGAAUUGUAGUAAAACACAUAACACAUGUGUCCGAAAAGAUGUCAACCGGAAUCGAAAGCAUAAAUAGGAAACGUUUGCGCAUUUGCGCAAGCAUGUGUUUGUCAUUAAAUUCACGCUAGCGAAGCUAGCGAAGAAGUGCAAAAGUAAACAAAGGAAGUUAAUGGUCAGCGCGUCAUAUUAUGCAAUAAAUAACCAUCGGAACCUUGGCCUGAAUUUACGACAUGGUUCGCAUGUUUAUUUUGGUUGCACAGCGUGACGCACUUGCUAGAAUUUUGUUGCCAUAAGGGCAUGUGUAUCGGGUUGUAGGUGGUCCAGUGAUCCUGUUACACCUUCCCUCUUUUUGAGAAUGAUGUAAUCUAAUGGAAUCAUUCGUGUUCAGUAAAUUUCGCCUAGAAUUCGUCUGACCUUACAAUUAUUCUGGUUUUUGUAUGUAUAAACAUGUUUGUUUAAUAUUUGGAAUAUGUACAUUUUUUUUUGUAUUCGAGUUAAUUAACUAACUAAUUACUAACUUGGUAAACUGUUGUAGUAUACAAUACAACAUAGGUAUUUGAAUAGGUAAUAUUAUAAACUCGUGAUCGUCUGGGAAUUUAAUUUAGUUAUGCAUUCCCUUCCCCCUAAUGGAGAUGGGUUGCUCAUUAGUUGCAUUUUAUUAUGCGAUUUUUAUGUAUAGUCUGUUUGUUUUUAGUUUUAAUGUCUACAAUUGUGACAUUGGGAUGCUCAAUUGAUAUUAUUUGGAAUGGUCCAAGGUAUAUUUUAUCUAGUUUUCUUCUGUUCCCAUUCGUUAACAGGACUGAAUCUCCUAUUUUUAUUUGUAUUGGUUUGGCAAGUUCACUUUGUUUAUCUGUACGCUUCUUUUUUAUUUUAUCAAUUAACUCUUUAGUAGUCUUUGCUGUAACUUUUAGUUUGAACUGUAGCUCUUUGUGGUAGUCUUCGAGAUUGUAUAUUGGUUCUAUAUGUGUAGGAUUUUGGAUAUUGAAGGGUAGUAUGGCGUUUCUGCCAAAAACGAGUUCGAAAGGUGUGUAGGAAAAGUCUGUGUGAGGAGUCGUGUUGUAACAGAAUGUGUAGUAAGGCAGCCAGUCAUCCCAAUCACUUUGUGUAGGGUUGACAAAUUGUCUUACGUAUUCAUUCAGACAACGGUGAUUCCUUUCUAGUCCUCCUAUGGAUUGGGGGUGAUAGGGUGUCGAAAAAUUUUGUUUUAUCUGUAAUAGUCUAGAUAUGUUCUCGAAUAAUUCAUUCUUGUAUUCGGUUCCUUGAUCUGUUUGGAUAACAGAAGGAGUGCCGUAAACAAGGAUGCAGUUUUCGACGAAAGCUCUUGCUAUUGUAGAUGCUUGUUUGUCGGAUGUUGGUUUUAUUAUUACAUAUUUGGAAAGGUUACAUUGGAUAGUUAGGGCGUAUCUGUUUCCGGAAUUUGAUUUAUUGAAGGGGCCAAUCGUGUCCAUGGAUAUAUGGUCGAAGGGUUUUUGAGGGGUUUUGGUUUGUAUAUAAUUUUCGUUAGAUGUCGUUAAGUAUUUGUUCUGUUUGCACUGUAUGCAAUUUCUGACGUAAUCAUAAAUUUCUUGUUUUAUUUUUGUCCACGAAUAGAGUCUACCGAGUUUUUUGUAUUGUCGGCUGGCACCAACGUGUCCGCCUAUUGGUGUGUUGUGAAAAUUUUUUAGGAUACUUAGUUUUUCUUCACUGCUUUCUAUCACACGCUUGGGUGUGUAGAGCACUAUUUGCAAGUCUUUUAGUGAGUCGUUACAAGUCUUCUUGAAGAGUUGAACGCUGCAUAAUUGGAAUAUUGCGCUCGAUAACGCUAGAGCUAUCACGCUUAUUCUCAGUUUCUUGGUCAUAUUUUCAAUUUUUUGUAAUAAGUUUCCUAGGGAUUUUUCGUCAUUGCUUGCAAUUUCAGUGUAUGUCGACAUUUUUUCUCUAUAUCCUGUUUUGUUUGUUAUUGCGCAUUUUAUUAUUUCAGUUUCAUUUUCACAAGUGAUUUCAUUACUUUCAAAUGCGCGUCCGCAUUGAAGUUUGGGUAGACUCUCCCAUUCUCUAGGUUCGACUGCCUCGUACACUUUAAGUUGAUCAGACUCGGUGUUGUCGAGUGCAGUGAAAUUCGCUUUUUCGGGGUUAUUUUCAAUUCUUUGUGUUUUCCUAGUCAUGGCUCUAGUUUGCAUGGCCAUCACUGUUUUCAGUGUUUCAGAGUCAAUUUUUAUUCUUGAUAGGGCAUC